GAAAGAGCUGCUUGGCCAUAGGGGAGAAGAGGUAGGCAUAGACAUCAGUAGAAGACUGUUGCAGUAAUUGAAGAUGCUGGUGUCCUGAAAUAAGUUAGUGGCAGAGAAGUGGACUCUGAAAGGACACAAAGCUGAAGGAACACUAACAUCUAACAGACGGUAAAGAAGAAAGUACAGAGAAGGAUCGGAAGAAACCAAAGAUGUAGGAGGAAAACCAGGAGAAUGUGAUGGUGCAAGUGAAAGUGUAGGGAAACAUAUGCUUGAAGCCUGCAACAAUAAUCUGGAGAUGGCAGUCACUAUGUUUUUGGAUGGUGGAGGAAUCGCUGAAGAGCCAAGUACCAGUUCAGCAAGUGUCUCCACUGUCAGACCACACACAGAAGAGGAAGUCCGUGCCCCAAUUCCUCAAAAGCAGGAAAUCUUGGUGGAACCAGAACCUUUGUUUGGUGCUCCUAAAAGACGACGGCCUGCACGUUCAAUAUUUGAUGGUUUCCGGGAUUUCCAAACUGAAACUAUUCGGCAAGAACAGGAAUUAAGAAAUGGAGGAGCAAUAGACAAGAAACUAACUACCCUUGCAGAUCUGUUCCGGCCACCCAUUGAUUUGAUGCAUAAAGGCAGCUUUGAAACAGCCAAAGAGUGUGGCCAGAUGCAGAAUAAGUGGCUGAUGAUAAACAUUCAGAAUGUACAAGACUUUGCAUGCCAGUGCCUCAACCGUGAUGUAUGGAGCAAUGAAGCUGUGAAGAAUAUUAUCCGAGAACAUUUCAUUUUCUGGCAGGUUUAUCAUGACAGUGAGGAAGGUCAGAGAUACAUACAGUUUUAUAAGCUAGGGGAUUUCCCCUAUGUUUCCAUCUUGGAUCCACGGACAGGUCAGAAGCUAGUAGAGUGGCACCAGUUAGACGUAUCUUCUUUCUUGGACCAAGUAACAGGAUUUCUGGGUGAACACGGGCAACUGGAUGGACUUUCUAGCAGUCCCCCCAAAAAAUGUGCCCGUUCAGAGAGUCUUAUAGAUGCAAGUGAAGACAGCCAGCUAGAAGCUGCCAUCAGAGCCUCCUUGCAAGAGACACAUUUUGAUUCCACACAGACAAAACAGGAUAGCCGCUCAGAUGAAGAAUCUGAAUCUGAACUUUUUUCUGGCAGUGAGGAGUUCAUAUCUGUUUGUGGCUCUGAUGAGGAGGAGGAGAUAGAGAAUCUUGCCAAGUCUAGAAAGUCUCCCCACAAAGAUUUGGGGCAUAGAAAAGAGGAGAACAGAAGGUCACUGACUGAGCCCCCUGCCAGAACUGAGCCUGGAACAGCCACAAACCACCAAGGAUUGCCAGCGAUGGAUUCAGAAAUAUUGGAGAUGUCACCUGAAAAAUCAGAUGGAAUAGUGGAGGGCAUUGAUGUAAAUGGACCAAAAGCACAGCUGAUGUUGCGGUAUCCAGAUGGAAAAAGGGAACAAAUCACUCUUCCAGAGCAAGCUAAACUACUAGCUUUGGUGAAGCAUGUCCAAUCUAAAGGAUAUCCAAAUGAACGUUUUGAACUUCUCACCAACUUCCCUCGAAGGAAACUCUCUCAUCUGGACUAUGAUAUUACAUUACAGGAGGCAGGCCUUUGUCCUCAAGAGACUGUCUUUGUACAGGAAAGAAAUUAACAUCAUGGCCUGACCUCUCUCAGCUUACCCCUUUUUUUCCCUUUUUCUGUGAGAUACCAUGUCACUGAGUAUGUAUUUUGGCUCAUAGGACCAUAGAGCCAAAGUUGGGCAAGCAAGUCACCUGCCUUCUCUUUUAUUUCUUGUUCUCUCCUAUAAUCAGUCUCACACACCCCACCCCACCUCUCUUUUUCUCUCUUCUCCCAUUUUCUUCUUUUUCCUACUUUUCUCUCUCUUUCUUACCUAAUCUGGUGACCAAAUGGAAGUGUUAGGAUAAGACCUCCUAGUACUGGCAGCAGGAAAUGUAUGUUCCAAUAAGUGGUCUCUUACACGGCACUUUUUGGGGAUCAAAUGAUAAUGUUACUCCUCAGACUCCUUUGGUAAAGGAAUGGCUAGAUUCAGAAUAAGAACAGCCUCCUUUUUUUGUAAGCCCCAUGUUUAGUAGGGAGAAGAAAUUCUCUAACACAUGUUUUGUUUUAUUAUUCAUGUAGGAAAUACCGUGUAACAGUGUCCAGGGUUUUGUUUACAUGGAAAAAGCGUCCUUUAUAAUUAUUGCUCAUCAUAUUUAAAAUUUUUUUCAAAGGAUUCCCAUCUUCCCAGCUAGAAUUGUUUCCAUGAUAUGUGUUAUUGACGGAAAGAAUGUUAAACUAGGGUGAGUAGCAUGGGGUGGCUUUCAAUAUCCUAGCCUGAGACAGCUUUCUUUAUUACUCUAUAAACUAUCUUGAUCCUGCUAGUCCUGGAAUGGACAUUUCGUGAGCAUAUUGUGGUGACUGGGAUAGGAAGGUGCUUGCUGUUUUUGCCAGUACAGCAUAAUAGUUCCUUUGGCCCUUCCAUUGUUUGGGUCCACAAGUGAUCUAUAGGAAGGCAGAUGUUCAAUAAUCAUGAGUACAGUGGCUUGUAGUUGUAACCACUAUGGUUAUUGAUUGUCCUGUUACUUUAAGGCAUACUUAAUGUAUGCCCCAGGGGAAAAAGAAAAGAUGCAGCUGAGAGUUGCUAACCAUGUUCCUUUGGUUAGAAAUAAUGAUUCAUUUUUUACCCUUGGUUGGAACAGUCUCUAAAAGGCUCUGGUGACUGAAUGAGCCUAAUUCCUCAUGCUGUUUCUUGCAAAAGGUAUCAAAACUGAAAACCUCUCUAAGUGGAAGACCUUUCAAAUCAAUUCAUAAGACAACAUUUAGUAAGGGAGGUGGGGAAGAUUACCAGUAAUCUUCAGAUGUGGGUGUUUUCUGCCAACAAAAGCCACCUUCAAAUUGUAGUUGAUGAACACCUUUUUCAGUAUUAUUUAGAAGAGACCAUCUUGAAUCUAUAUAAUAUGAUUUGACUUAUCAGCUUCACAUUAUGCUCAAUUCUUAUUUUGAGCUUUAGAGUCCUCUGAAGGGGUAGUAGUAACUCUGGUGGCAAAAUCAGAACUUUAACUUGUUAUAAAACCAUAAUACAGAAUGAACGUAUUUUGUCCAUUGGGGUUUAGAUUGACUGAUUCUUCUGCUUGAGGAACAUAAAUUGCUAUUGCUCAGAGACCUUUAGGUUCCCAUCGACUUUAAGAUCACUCUCUUGGCAACUAAGGGAUUAAAAAAAAAAAAAAAAACACAUGCUUCUUGUUGCUAGUACACAAUUAGAGAAUACGGUUUCUAAUGGUUGGACUUUGAGGGACCCUCUCUAAAGAAUGAGUUAUGUAUCUCCUCAAGGAAAUCAUGGAAAAUUCUGUUUAUUCUUCAGUGAGUCCUAUUGAAUUAAUGUUCUUACAUUUUUUUCUAAAUCUGUGUAAGUGCUUAUGUAUAAGUAUAUAAUUGUAUAAAUAUUUAUAAAUAUAUUUAUAUAAUUACAAUUUCAUUUAUACCUUGAGUCAAAGUUCUCUCUUUAGAUUGGUGACUGAGUAAUACCACUUUGGUGUUUUUUUCAUAGGCUCUCGAGGCUAACUAGCAGCUUCUGAUUUAGUGAGGAGGCAUGGUUUUCAUGUUAAUUCCUCAGUUGUAUCUCUGAAAUUGGAUAAUAUACUUGCUAUCUGAAGAAAAGAGUUAUAUACAAAGGUGCAUUAGAGGGUAAAAAAAUUGUUGGUUGUAGACAAGGUCAGAAAUCUAGAAAUUCAGGGAGGCACAGGGUAAGAAAUAAGGUUAUGCUCAGCUUUGGUGCUGUCAUGGCACCUGUCUCCACUCGGCAAAGUCACAGCUAAAGUCCAAAUCUGUCAAAAAUAUGAAGUCAAGAAUUUUCCCCAUAGGAUUCUGUUUCAUUCUUUUACCUACUAGUUUCUCUUUAUAAAACAUAUCUAGAGAACUUGAGACAACGUGUUUGUUAAUGAUAGGAUGUAGUUCUUUCUGAUAAGCUCAGCCCUGGCAUAUCCAUUUAUGAGAAACCAAAGUGACUUUUUCAACUUCAAUUACUGUGAGAUGACCACAUCAAAGUGAUAUAAGUAAGCAUAUCAAAGAGGUAGGGCAUGAGAUACUGAUCCAACUUAGAUAAAACUGGAGUGUUUAGAGUACAAGAUUAGAGGAUUUUAUUUUAUUUUGAGGCAGGAGUGUAAUUAUCCUGGCCUUGACAUAGAGGCCCAUGGGGGAGGCAUUAUGGAUUGUACACAGGAAGAGUAUGGAUUGUGCUUUGUUCAAGAACUUAAUCCACUUAGGUAGUAUGUCUUAUUUCUUCUGCAAAUUCCUUAGCUCUUUGGAGGAGAGGUUUUAUUGAAUAGAUAAAAUGAAGUUAGUAAGAUAGGUAAAAAUAAUCAUUCCUUGUAGGUAUUGGAAACAGCUUGAAAGAGAUCUUAAAAGGUAGGGAGGAAAAGAACAAGAUAGACUUUGAGAGUAAAUGACAGGAGACAAAUAUAAAGAGGGAAAAGUAACAGGAAGUCUUUCGAAUUUGAUUUAGGAAGGAACCAGAGAAGAGAACAGCCAAAUGAGGGAAGAACAGGGAACUAAUUUUGAGUAACUAACAUGUGUGAAGUACUUUAUGUGCAUUUUCUCCUUUAAUCUCCCCAAGAACUCUACCAAAUGGAUAUUUUCCACAUUUUAUAGAUAAGGAAGAAAAUUGAAGUUCAGAGAACUUGGCUCAGGAUGUCACAGCUAGUAAGUAAGUGGCAAAAUCAAAAUUGGCAUUCAUGCUCUUUUCACUCCCAUGCUGUAGUCUCCUGCAAUAGGAAUCAAUUUGCUCAAAAGGUUAUCUUCCCAUUGUUUGGCUCUGUAAGUUAUCAUUUGAUUUUUUUCCUUAAAGCUUGUGAGAUUUGUGCUAUGCCUAUAAAUUCUUAUUUACACCAUUAUUUUGAGGGGCAGAUUACUGAUUGCUUUUUUAAAAUGAUGCAGUGAUGAAAAUGUAAGAGGAAAAUAACUAUGGCAUUAUUUGCCAAGAAAAAAUGGAAAGGAUAAAAAAGAAUUUUAUCAAAUUUUUAACCAUUUCUCAGAAAAGAUACAAUUAUCUUUUCUAUAUCCCAUCUGUAUUAGAUUAUUGAAACUUCUAUGUGUAUAUUUUAAAAUCUCCUAUAAAAUUCUACUUCCUUGAUUCUGUAAGUUAACAAUUAUUUGAGUCCUUAAUCAAAGUUGGAAAAAUCUUGAAAUCCAAGAUCUGGUUCCUGCCUGUUUUAUCCAGUUGGAGAGACACACUACACUUGAGAUAAUAGGAGAAUAUGUAAAUGCUUACCUUUCUGAGACUGAACCAUAAUUACAAUAGAAGUUUAGAAAGGGUAAAGAAUAGUGUAGACUUUAGUUAGGAAAAUAAAACUGGAAAGUGGCAAACACUGUGGCUCAGAUUUUCUUUUGACUUACCUGUAUUCUUUAGUUCCAGCUUUUGUAACUACUAGAUUUAGGGCAUGAUGUUUUAACAGUAAGGCAUAACUAGUACCCAAGUAGGAAAGAAUUAUUGAUCCCAGGAUUAAAGAUUUUAGCUAGCAGGGAUCUCACUUGGAUACUUAGGAAAAUACCAGAGGGAGCCACUUGCUACUGAAAAGUGAAGGAAAGAUUUAAUUUCUAUACCCAGGUACAAAUUAAAUGUAUAGUACAAUAUAUUAUAUAUGAUAUGCAGAAAGGGCACUAUAUGUAGGCAAUAAGUGUACUUGGGUAACAGCUCUGCUUCUAAUUAACAGAGAAUUGGACUAGAUCAGUAAUUCUUAGUCUGUUCAAGUAAAAGGGCUUGUAAUUUUAAAAUUCAGCAGUGGUGGGGAGUUGUGGGGUUAAGUAUAAAUAUCAUUAAUUCCAUAAGUGGAGAAAAUGUAAAUGUGCAUAUGGAAUUGCAGACCUUUUGCAGAAACUCUUGGAACCUACAGAUUGUAGACCACUGAAUUAGAUUAUCUCUGACUCCUUUCCACUCCAAAAUUUAAUGCUUUUAGUCUCUUACCUUUAUUUUAUAUAUUAUCCCUAGAGUAAUUAAAAGUAUACUUGUUAAUCA